UUUUAUUUUACUUUAUUUUAUUAAUUUUAAUUUUUUUAUUUUAAUUUUUUUAAUUUUUGUAUUAAUUUAUUUUUGUCACGUACCGAAGUACGAGGUGAUAUGACCAUACAAUGACAUAAUGGCUACCAUAGUAACUGUCAAUAUAGUCAUUUUGGAUUGGAUUGGAUGACAUUUUUUGCUAAUUGGUUAUUUUUAUCCUCAUGCAUUAUUUUAGCUGUUUGAAGAUGAACUAUAUCAGCAAGUUUAUUUGUGAUUUUAGAAAUAAGGAGUUAGUAUGUUCUCUGUAGGCGGCAUUAUGAAUUAUCCUUACUGGCCUUUUUUGCAGUACAUUUAGCGAGUGAAGAUUGCUUUUAUAGUUAUAGUUAACACUCUUAUAGUCACUUUGACACUCAGAUUAUCCAAUAUAAUCGACAUCAUAAAUAUAAAUAGUAGUGUAGUGUAGAAUACAUAUCAUAUCACGUCAUUUUCAUUAAUUUAGCAUUUUUUUUCAGGCCAAAAUGUACUUAAAUAUGCAUAUUUGGACUAAUAAUAGGUGUGUGUUAUUAUUUCAACAUGACUUCAGUUUAGUUCUACGUUUUUUUAAAGGCUAAUAUUUUGAGACCAGAGGUUAUUCUUCCUCUAUGAAGUCACAUGAAAGGUCAAAAAAAGAGCCAUCCAACAAAAAACAAAAAAAAAAGGGGAAGAAGGAGUGAAUAGACUUCUUAAUAUACAAGACUAUGUGGGAGGAGUUCCUUCUCUCUCUCUUUCUCUCUCUCUCUCGCUCUCUCUCUACUCGGUAACAUUUACAAGUUUGCAAGUCUCUUCACAGAAGGCGUGGGUGACCGGAGGAGGAAGAGGGAGUGGAAACGAGGGACGCCUGCAGCCCGGAGCGAACGGCGCGAGAAUGCCCUGUGGCACGCCGUGUGCACGCACGGACCAAAUUAAGGAGUGAAGACGUUUUGAGACCACGAAGUUGGUCCUCAUCAGGCAGCAGAUAUGAGACUAAUGUUCCCCCCAAGGUGGAUAUUCCGAUGCUGGACGGUGUGCAUCCUUGUCACGUUUUACUCACAGAACACUUCCUGCAAGUCUGUUUCCUGCGGCGACGACCAGCAUUAUUUAAAAGGCUCAAGGUGCUGCGACAAGUGUAAACCAGGCUUCCGCGUGUUUGCAGAUUGCAAUGAAUCUCAUCAGACCAAGUGUGUUAAAUGCGCUCAUGGCGAGUACCAGCCCUACUGGACCCAAGAAACGCGAUGCCUCCAGCAGAGGAUAUGCGAUGCAGGUAAAGGUUUCAUGUCCAGACCAGAGAAUCUGGAAGCGGAGGAACCUUGUCGUUGUUUCCCAAACUUCCAGUGCCAUCCCAUUAACUGUGAGUUCUGUGAAAGGAUUCCCACUUGCCGACCCGGGUAUGGACUGGAAUUGGACCCAGAAUCCACCAAUGGGAGGAAGAUCUGCGUUGCGUGUAAGAAGGGAUUCUUCUCUGCAGACAACAACACCAAACAAUGCAAACCAUGGACCAACUGCAAGGCGGAGGGCAGGAGCGAGACUCGAGGAGGCAGCGCUCAGACCGAUGCGGAGUGUGGACCACCUCUAUCUAGUGCUGCCCCCUCCUGGGUGGUGGUGUCGGUGCUGUCAGCCAUCACCAUCCUCUGCCUCCUCAUCCUCCUCCUUUUCUGCUACAAGGACAAACUCAAGUUGCUUUCAGUUAAUCUGCGAUCCUGCGUUCAGAAUCUGAAAAGGACCAGGAUUCAGCAGGAGACGUUGGCCCCUCUUUACCAGAGUGGAGCAGCAGGGGGUCUCAAAUACGUCCCGUGUGAGACCACCAAACUCUUCUGCCAAGCCCCCGACAUGAGUGACGCCGACGAGACCCCCUCCACACCCUGUGGCACCGUCUCGCUCCCUCACACGCAGGACAUGAACAAAAAAGAAGGCCUACAACGGGAGGCACCCAUGGAGGACCCAAACGUGGUAGGGUCUGGGGGUCCAGAGGAGGUCUCUGAAGAAGAAGAACUCACCAGCGUGCCUCCGCUAUCAACCGGUUCUUGCGUGUGCACCGUUCCGGUCCAGGAGCCUCUGGAAGUAGGAGAAAAUGAGGAUUGUAGCCAAGCCGUCAGUCCCGGCACCUCCGGGGUUUGCUCCUGUGGGGGUCUACACGCAGAACGGGGGCGAGAGUACGAGGAGAGCGAACUUGUCUCCUUUUCACCUCCUCUUCUCCGCUCCACAUCAGUGACUCCUCCAUCCAGCUUGCUUCCUGAGCUCUGCUUGCCUCUGAGUAAGGCUCGGUCCAGACCGGAUGUCAAGGGUCCCCUUAAAGACCUGACCCCCAUAAAGCAGAAAGGAUAUCACAGACUGGCUAGCACGGACUCCACAGAGAACAGCGCACCCUCUUCGGUGGCAUCACUUAGUCCUUUAAAGACCUCCUCGUCUAUUGGGGAGCUCUACUCAGAGGACCAAGACCAGAAAGGAUUCUGGGGGGACGACGGGGGUAACACACUCCAAUCUGGGGACACCGAACUCGAGUGCCCCCCUCCUGGAAGCUUACAGAGUCACCUUGCAGAACCAACUCUUACCUCAGCAGGUCAGGUGUCGGGGAACAACAACACCACCUUCAUCUCCAGCGGUCAGGUGGUGAACUUCAGCGGCGACGUCAUCGUCGUCUACGUGGGCCAGACGUCUCUCGGCGACGCCGAAGACGCAACGUCGGACGACGAUUUCGGGCGUCCCGUGCAAGAACAAGCCAGCGAGACGGCGCCCUUUUUCCAGAGUGCCGGACGCCUGAGGUCAGAGGGGGACGCCGGUACCCAAAAACCCUUACGGGACCACAAAACCGCAAGCACAAAUACUCACCGAAUAGUCGGGAAUGAUGGGUAAUUAUGUUUUUAGGAUAAAAUGAUAUUUUUAUAGCGUGCAAUUUAUAUAUAUAUAAAACAUAAAGAGACACAUCCAUUUUUGGUACGAAGCUUGUAUGAAGACUUUUGUUCAUAUUGCACCAAAUGUGCAGUUUCUCAUGAAAAAAAAAAUGCUAUGCAUUUGAUAAGCUAAUUUUUUUGUACAUAUAUGUAUGUGUAUGUAUAUAUUUUUUUCAUAUGCAAGCUUUAAUGAAGAUACAAAGCUUAGUUAAUAAUGAUACAUUGAAACUAAUUGUGUAUAUAGAAGUUACCGUAUUGACCUCAAUAUAAGAGCACUGCUUUUUUUUUCCGAAACUGGGUUUUUGAGAAAAGUUUGCAGAAUUUUGGUAAAAAUACGCAGGAAAACGAAUCUCAUUCAUAUAAUACAAUAAAAAAAAUUUAAAUUUCGAAAAGUCAUACAGUUCCGAAAAUAACGUCGUAAAUUAAUUCACAAGAAAACUUUGAGAUAAGUUACAAGGAAAAAAGUCGCAAAAUUAGGAGAAUGAAUUUCCGAAAAUAAACUAAAUAAACUAAAUUAGUAUACGAGAAUAAAGUAAAUAAAAAAAUCAUACAGUUCCAAAAAAUAAAAUAAUAAAAAAAAAUAAAAAAUUCGCGAGAAAAAAAAGUAUUUUCCUAAUAUUACAACUUUUUACAAAUUUACUCUUGUAAAUGUACUUUUUUCUCGCAAAUUUACAUUUUCUUUUUUUUUUUUUACAAAAAUUUUAAUUUUUUUUAAUGUGCCAUGGGCCGCACUGUUCUUUUUCAGCAACUUCUCCCAGAGCGUUUCUUCCUGUCACUCACAGAGUGCCUUAAAGGUUUUCUAUUUGUUCCAUGUGUCUUCUAAAUAUUUCACUAAAAAUCCCUCUUAAAAUUACUACUUUAUUUUCAUAAAAUUCAGACCUUUUUUUUCGGUAGAUUACAACUAUUUUCACUUAAUAUUUUGACUUUACUUUGUCAAUUUUUUUUUUUUUUUACAAAAAUUAUAAUUUGAGAAAAACUUUGAGAUAAAAAUGUAUUUCAGAAAAAAAACUCGGAAUAUUACUAAAAUAAAGUUGUAAAUUAAGUUAUUUAUAAGAAGAAGGUCGUACCUUUCUGAAAAAAAAACAUAUUUUAAAUAAAUAUAAAAAAUAAUAGAUAUAAAAUAAUAAAUAAAAUAAAAAAUGAAAUUAAUUUGCAAGAAAAAAAGUAUUUUCCUAAAAUACAACUUUUUACAAAUUUACUCUUGUAAGUGUACUUUUCUUUCUCGCAAAUUUACAUUUUCUUUUUUUUUUUACAAAAAUUGUAAUUUUUUUUAUGUGCCAUGGGCCGCACUGUUCUUUUUCAGCAACUUCUCCCAGAGCUUUUCUUCCUGUCACUCACAGAGUGUUUUCUAUUUGUUCCAUGUGUCUUCUAUUGGGGUCAAUCCGGUCAUUGAUAUUUGCCAUGCCAAAAAGCAUACUGUAUAUGUGACCAUCAUCAUCAUAAUAAUAGCAAUGGAUGACAAAAUGAAUAUUUUUGGACUGAAAUUAAAAUGUUUUGCAUCUAAUUCCGGCUCUUAGAUGGCAGCCGCCCAUCCUGCAUCUUUCUGUGGGCUAUUCUGGGAUGAGCAAAUGACAAGCUUCUUUCAGAAGUGCAUCUUUAUGAGGCAGAGGUAAUUACACAUGUGGAAACAGGCCGCCUUUCAUCAGGCCGGCAGCAGCUGCGAGGAGGCGGCGAAGUCGGCCCGCGUCGUCCGGGUAACGCCACAUGACACGAGGUGGCGGUGUGAUUUUUUUUUUUUUAAAGCCGGGUGCGGGUCAGCGGCUUAUAAAUGUGAACCUUGUCUGGUCUUAGCCUUGGGAAAAGGGGAAGUUGUGAGAAAAUGGCGCUGAGACUCCAUGUUGGGAAACAGCACACCCUGGUGUUCGACUUUAUUAAUGCAUUUUACAGAAUGAAAUCAAAGUGUUAAAUAGAGCGUCCUACAGUGGAAAGCACCCAAAAGUCCACAUCA